CAGACAGAUCUGGAUGAUUUCUAGACCUUGGAUAAAGUUCGAAAUGGCUUUUCAAGAUGGCGGUUUAUUGAACGUCCUUCCAGUCCAACGCAUGAACUUCAUCCAGGUGGAUUCGGUACAGCGCUGGAUGGACGAUUUAACGUUGAUGACGGAAUGCGAAUGCAUGUGCAUUCUUCAGUCGAAGCCAAUCAGCACCGAGGAUGAUUCUCAGAGUGAACUCAUGUUUACCUCUCAAGACAGCACGCAGAGUAGUUUGGAAAUGUUACUAAAGAGAGCUUGGAUUAUAAGCACAGAACUCACCAAAAUUGUCCAAAAACUGGAGAAAAAUAAGUGGAAACGCGUUCACGUCAUGACCGUGAGAAUGAAUUGCCACGUCCGCUCAAUGAUUAAAGAAUACAACACGUUUACCAAAACUUCAACGGAUGAGAUGCAUCGGUAUGAAACUAUUUUAAUGGACAAAUGCUCGGAGCUCACGGAUAUAACCGAAAGAUGUACGCAGACAGGCGAAGAGGAAACCCUCUUGUCCAUGAAAAUGAGCAUCAACGAAACCCUGACUUCUGUCGGAGAGUAUUUUAGUCACUUAAUAAAUCUUGCUCUUAAACAGGAGGUAAAGAACCUGAUAGAACAGCUGGACACCUGCGACAAUCUGUACAGCGUGGAAUCGGCUAUCCACAGGCUUUAUAGUCUGACUCGAGAGGGUUCCCGACUCUGCCAACUGGUAGCUCAGGAAGGAGGAGUCGUCGCUCUCUUUAAGAUCUGUCGACAGGAUUGUUUUAAGUGCCUAUACCCUUCUGCGCUUCGGACUCUGGCCUCCGUGUGCUGCGUGGAAGAGGGGAUUUACCAAUUGGAAAAGGUGGAUGGGAUAUUGUGUUUAACGGACAUUCUUACGGAUGAUUCACAAACCGAAGCGUCCAGAGCAGAAGCCGCAGCUGUGAUCGCCCAGAUAACCUCUCCUCACCUAACCUUCACUCAACACCUCAGCAGCUUCAUCGAGAAUAUGGAGGAAAUAGUCACCGCUCUCUUAAAGUUAUGCGAAGAAGCCUCCUCUGGAGAAGUCUGUCUUCUUGCUACGGCUGCUUUGGCCAACAUAACCUUUCUGGAUACCCUGUCCUGCGAGAUGCUGCUUCCCAUGAAUGCAAUAAAAAUCCUUCUGAAUGCUUGUUCUGACAGACAGAGGGUUAAUUCUUCAUAUGCCAGGGACCAAAUCGUCACUAUUUUAGCCAACAUGUCUAUUCCAGAUCAAUGUGCUUCUGAAAUAAUUAAGGAAAAUGGUGUUCAGAUCCUCAUCGAAAUGCUUUUUGAGAAGUCGGCGACCGGGAUUCUAGCAGACAUUUCAGCUUGUGAGCGCGUCCAGCAGAAAUCCGCAGUCACGCUUGCACGUCUGAGCCGUGAUCCGGAAGUCGCGAAAGCUGCAAUAAAGUACAACUGUAUCCCUCGUCUUAUUGAACUCUGUCGAUUCCCAGAAGAGAGACAUAACAGCGACGCCGUUCUUGUGGCUUGUCUGGCUGCUCUGCGGAGGUUGGCGAUAACGAGCCCCGAAGACUUGGAGGAAUCGGAUUUUGAACAGUUGGUGAAGCCUCGCCUUGUAGAUUCAUUUUUACUUUGCUCAAACAUGGAGGAGAGCUUUGUAUAGCCAUAAAGGAACACAUUUCAGUAAAUUUACCAAAAAAAAACAAAGUUAUAAGAAAUAUGACUAAAUUAUGGCAAUAUUUAUAAAGAUCCAAAGCAUUGUUUGUGCUUUUUUUGGUAAGGAAAACUGCACAUUUUUGUUAAUUGAAACUUUUUAAUGGGAUUAAUCUGGAGACAUUUAAAUGUCCAGAACUCUUUUUAUAAGACAUUUAAUAUCAAUUACAUAUCUUUAUUUCAGAGUGCCAUUCAUAUAUAUAUGCAAUAUCUUAAUAAUUAUACAGUUAUUUUGUUUCAUUAUAUGGAAUAUACAUUUAUUUGUAUGGAAUGGCUUGGUUUUUUUUAAAUGAUAUUACUAAAGACAUGGUUACAUAGUAACUUUCAGCAAUUCAAGGAAAUUUGUCCAAUAAAAAAUUUGUAUUGAA